CCGUUUCAUAUCGUUCAAAAUGGCGGAAGCCGGCUCCGAUACAUACUUGUUAUUUUCGCAUUAAAUUGAUAUCUUUGAUAUUUUCGAUAUAAACGGAGCAGAAUUACGCGUAACUGAUUAUAACUUGUUAAAUUAUAAUACAAAUGUUAAUGAACCACCGCGCCGUUCAACAGAUGUGAGUUCGGAGUGAAAUGAAGGCUUUUGUGAGCAAAUCAAUAUGGCUCUCAAGCUUGGAAAAUGCAGGCUAUGCCUCAAACUGGGUGACUUCUAUUCCAUCUUUACGGUGGACAACAAUAUGCAGCUCGCCGAAAUGGUUAUGGAAUGUGCGCGGGUGAAGAUAUACGAUGGGGACGGGUUACCGGAUAAAAUUUGCAGCGAAUGUAUACAAAAGCUGAGUAGCGCGCACAUCUUCAAGCAGCAGUGCGAACGGUCCGAUCAAGAAUUGAGGCGAAACUAUGUUCCGCCACCAGGUUUCAGUCCUACCCCGCCCCCAAACAGACAGAGCAGCGACUCGGCAUUCUCAUCUCACACUGAAGUUUCCAAGCCAUCCUCUUCCACUGAGAGUCAAGUCACUCCCGUCAGUCGAACUAGAAAGCGGAGUAGAGACAGUGUCGAUGAAGCGUCUACCAGCAGUCGCUCGAACUACAAACCGGGUAGCUCAAAGAGAGUCGAUGAACUGCGCAUGUCCAAAAAGAAACCUAGAGUUUCGCAAACGUCAGACUCCGAUUACGAAGAUAACAGCGCCUCCUUCUAUUCAGCAGAGACAGACUCCGACGAACCCUUGCAACAUAAAUGCAACCAGUGCGCCAAAUCUUUCAGGUCCGGCAAAAGCUUGAGUGCACAUAUGAAAUCACAUAAGAGAAAAUGCAACCUAAUCCUAAACGCUCAGAACUCUCAGAGCGUUACACCCGAGAAGUGGCCGAAGAAGCCGGAGCAGAUCACGAAAGUACCGGAAGAUGAAAAGGCUAAAUUCCACUGUGACAAAUGCGGGAACAAUUAUAAAUUGCAAAUAAUGCUCAAGCGUCACUACGAGGUAUGCGGGAAAUCACCUCAAAAGGAGCUCCUGGUUUCACUAGAGCCAAUAGACAUGGUGCAACACGCUGCGAAGCUGUCCGCGAAGAUAGAUUGCGAAAUGUGCACCACAAAGUUUAAAACAAUGGACAAUCUAGAGAAACACAUGAGAAUUGUGCACGCGGCCGUCCUGAAGAGAGAGCGAGUUUCAAUAUCCAACGAGAAUGGAGUGAUCGGCGUGCCUUGCGUCUAUUGCAAGGAACCUUUUCAAGAUUAUUACGUGCACAGCGCUCAUUUAUCUACGUGCCCUAAAAAGAACGACGCAGUGACGUUUGAAUGUCCGAUGUGCAAAAAGGUCAUAGCAAAGAAAGCGUCCUACACCCUACACGCUAAGAUGCAUUUUUUUCAGUUAGCAGCUUCAAAUGAUGAGCAGCCUUCCACUACUACUGUUAAUAGUACUGAACGGGAAAAUUUUCAAUGUCGCAUGUGUACUAAGAAGUUGCCCACCCAGGAAUCGUUGAUCAGUCAUCUCGCGGCACAUAUGAAUAAAGUUGAAGCGGACGACGAUGAAGACGUCGGUAUAGAUGACGAUGACUCGAGAGCAAGCACCGCAGACGACUCCGCGUCCAUCCAAUCGGACUUCACGUCCUAUAUAACCAGCGGACCGCUGAAAUGUAAAUUUUGCGACAAAAGUUUCAAAUACAAAAAGGCAUUGAAGUCGCACGAAGAUAGACACGCUGAGGGUGAUAUAAAGAUUGAGAAGCCCGAUAGAAAUACCAAUCACCUUAUGAAUAUGAGCAACAACACGUAUCGCUCCGACGAGUCGGGCGCGGAUUCUAGUCAAGACGAAGGCGAAGAGGACAACACAUGUGAUAUAUGCGAGAAGCAGUUUUCCUACAAGCGUCUCCUAAUAAAACACAAGAGGACGAAACACUGUAUGACGGCUGGUACGAAGCGGGCGAAGAUUAACCUAAAAGACUGCUCAGUGCGCUGUCUGAUAUGCGACAUAGAAAUGAAAGUGAGCGCGAUCAAUGAACACAAUCAGAAGCAUAUAACGGCUAACAUUAGGCCGAGGAAUUUGUACACUUGCAAGGAGUGCGGCGAACAGUUUAAGAGUUGUAGUGGGCUCGCGAACCACAUCAAACUUGUGCACAGGUUGCAUCAACCCCCCACUAAUAAGAAGAUCGUUGUACCGUCAGCGGAUGUGGCGGAUUUUUGUGAGGUCGUUGUGACGAAGGCGGAACCCCUGGACGAACUCCAGAGUCACAACGGCUUUGAGGUUUCCGUCGACACUACGGUCAACAUGAGCGGCUUUACUUGCCCUGUGUGCAACAAGACACUACCUACCUUGAUCUCUCUCAAGAGACACGUCAAUUGGCACAAGAAUGUCGGGAAUAACAUCGAAAAGAAGUUGGAAUGCUUCGUUUGCAAAGAGAUCUUUCGUUUCCAGUGUCACUACAAGAUUCACAUGCGUCAGCAUUACAAGGAUCCGAACCUAGAUCCGAAAUUGCUCACUUGCUCCAUCUGCAACCGCAAAAGCAAGCACCUCCGAGCUGCGCAGGCGCAUAUGAACUACCACAAGCAGACGCGAUUCAAGAACAAGGACUACGAAUGUUCGAUUUGCAAAAGGGUCUUCCAGUAUCGGAAAGUGUACCUCUCUCACAUGGCCAUCCACUUCAAGCGAGGGGAGAGCGCCGCUACCGCAGUCGUGGGCGACGCGCUCCCGCUUUCAGUGGACAAGAGCAAGUUUGACGGCACGCACACGUGCCACCUCUGCGGAAAAGUGUGCGACUCUGAAAACUCUCUGAAAUGCCACGUAAGCUGGCACAACUCGAAAACAUUACUGUACGGGGCGCGGCACACUUGCGAAAUCUGUAACGUACAGUUCACUAACAAAAGAAGACUCGAGAUUCAUACGAGAACGCACUUCGAAGACGAGAAUGGACCUUACAAAUGCCAUAUUUGCGGAAAAGGCUUCAUAGUCGAGGACUACUUCAAAAGGCACGUGAAAGGUCAUAACUUCGAUCAUCAGUCUCAUAAGAAGCGCAUCGAGAAACUCCGAAAGGAUAAAGUGAAAUGUCCCAUCUGCGAGAGAUACUACCCAGAUUUAGUCCAUCUCAUCCGGCAUCUGCGGCGGACGCAUCCGGAAAGCAAAAUGAUCAAGGAAGAUCCCGACGCCCCGCCUCCCAUCUAUUACUCGUGUAAACUGUGCGCCAAGGUUUUCUUAGACGAGCGCAGAUUGCAGCACCACGAGGAAGCUCAUCUGAGGAAACCGGAGUUUUUCAAGUGCAAAUUCUGCGGAAAGAAAACUAUCUCGCUCAAGAAUCACAGGAUUCAUAUAAAGGGUCACUUGACCCAAAAGUAUAUAGAUGAGCCAUUGAAAUGUCCUAACGAGGACUGCUCGGAAACUUUUGGCCGCGGCUACGAUCUACACUACCAUCUGCGCGACGCACAUGGCAUCAAUGAGACGUGGAUAGCAGAACGCGGCCCUCGGACUCCCGACGGUCCGCUCAAGGAUCUGCAAUGCUCUAUAUGCUUCAAAGUACUGGCCAGCAGGGGCAAUUAUGAAAGGCAUAUAGAUUACCACAACUCUCUUAGGUGCAACUACUGUUUCGACUUCUUCAGCAGUCUCCGAUUCCUGGAAGGCCAUUUAACCUUCAGCUGCGAAAAGAAGAAAUUAAUCGGCGACACUGAGAUAUACCCGAAGAAAGUGAAGUGCCAUAUAUGCUACAAAGCAUUCCACUUGCAAGUGAAGUUGGACUGCCAUUUGCGCACCCAGCACGAUAUUAAAACAUUCAAGGUAGCUUCCGAGGGCAAGAAGGAGAUAGUAUGCGACUAUUGUUUUAAGGUGUUCGAAAACGAAUACGCUCUCAGCACCCACAAGAUUUAUCACCGCACAAUUGGCUACUAUGGCUGCAUAUAUUGCAACCGGAAGUUCAAUACUAUGACGUUGUACCGGAAGCACAAGAACCACCACUUCUCCCAACUCAACGUCGACAACCCAACGAAAUGUGAACAUUGCGACGAGACGUUUGUUGCAUUCAGAGAAAUGAUAUACCACAUGAGAGACGUUCACGGCGACGACAAGGAGUGGAUCGUGUUACCCAAGGAGUCCAUUGAAGAGAAAUGCAACAUCUGCAACAAAAUUUUCUUCAAUCUUCAUAGGCAUAUGGAUUACCACGAAGAAAAUAGAUGUAAAAAGUGCGGAGAAUACUUCUUCUCACAAUUGGACUAUGAUAACCAUUUAUGUGCAGUUGACAGUGACGAAGAAGUGACCGAAGCUACUACAAAUGGUGUCCGGACAGUUUAUGAGGAGUGUGCGUUCUGCUUUAAACCCGUAACUAAAAAGAGCUCAAAGAAAAAGCAUGAUAUGAUCCACAAGGGAUCCGGAUCUAUAUCAUGCAGAUUCUGCGCUCUCAAGUUUAAAACCAUAGAUGCAUUUAACAUUCACGCAUUUUCCCAUCGGAGCAGAAAGUACAAAAUAAAGCCAAUUAAAUGUCGUAAAUGCGGAGAGAAGUUUGUGAAGUACGGUCCGUUUAUGAAGCACAUGAAGGAUGUUCAUAAGUCCUCUAAGAAGCUUCACUACAGAGCGACAGUUAUGCCGGAAGAAUGUGUCGUUUGUCACGAGAACUUCCCGAAUCUGCACAAUCACUACCGCGCCCAUUUACAAAAUCAGUGUCAGCAAUGCUUUAAAUAUUUCAGCUCCUUUAAGUUAUUUUCCAUGCACGAAUGCGAUAAAGAAGACGCGAAUCCGGCUAAAGUGUUCACCUGUGACGAAAACUUGAUCCAUUUGAUUAAUACAUAUGUUCCUAAGGAUGUGAAAGAUGAUGAGAAGUAUUACGGUUACGAGGAAGUAGACGGUGAGGAUGAAGAGGUUGAUGCUGAAUCACCAGUUGAUACUGUCUCGUUUACGCCUCUAAUUAAAUCGCAUGAGCCUGAUAUCAUGUCACAAGACGAGGACAGCCAAAACUCUAUAGACAUUGAUGAACAGAAUGUCCACGCUAUGGCUCACGCGCCCAUAAUAUCCGACGUUCUUUCUCUCUUUACCGAGAAAGAAGAUAAAAACAAUUCCAAUGAUAGUGUUGUUGUAUUAACAGACGAAGAUUCUGUCGGUUUUGAUGACAAAAUUGUUACUGUCAUAACAAUAGAAGACGAUUAAGGCCAACUAGGUACAAAUAAUAUUUUAAAAUUGACAAAAUGACUUAAAUCCGUAGUUUAUAUUCAAUUUUUAUUUAUUGACAACAUACGGUUCAGCCAUAUUAUUGCAAAUUUUUAUUGUGAAAUUGCGAUAUAGUAACAAACAAAGUAGAUAAAAAAAGGUAAGUGUAAACAAAAUGUAAAUAAAGCACUGAUAUUAUGUCAUAUAGUCUAUGGCAAGUACUCUAACUAAAUAAUCAAGUGAUUGAACUUCAUUGUGAUCAAAACAGCUAUAUAGAUAUAUUAUAAUCAAAAAUGAGGGUAGUUCAUUCUAAUUUCAUUUCAAAGUGUAAAUAUUAGUUUUAAGUUUUAAUUUUGGUAUUGCAUUGUUACGAAUUGCAUUUACUUGUGAUAGAGCUAAGUGUAGUUUUUUUUCAUAGACUUGAGUAUGUAUGCUUUGAUAAUGGCUAUUAAAGGUUCAGUGGGAAAUCAACGAGCCGUUAUAGUUAUGUUGGUCUGUUUGCAUGCUACAAUCAUGACAUUCUGUUCAGAAGGAGCUUUAGUUCUAACCGAUUUGCAAAUUAAAAAAAUAGUUGAAAAACCUCGACCUCGAUGAUUAUUAAAUAAAGUUCAUUUAGUUUUAAACAUAGAAAAUCUGCGAAGGGUUUUACGGAAGUUGGAAAUUUCUCAAACAAACAAAAAUACGUUAAUCGGGAAUCCAAUUAUUUACGAGCUAGAUAAAAAGACUCGUGACGUCUACUUGAGAAGAAGAAUUUAUAUAAUGAGGGAGAAAAGUGAACUUCAAAAACUUGUUUGACAUAUAAAUACGUAAUUUUGACUUGCAGUCAGAGGUAUGUUUUAUCGGCAUGACAUCGCAAACCUAUACGUGUUCGAUAUGUAGUGGACCAGAUAUUUUUCUACUUAGAUUCUAAGUUUACUGAUCCUAUUUUUAUGUAUACUGACAUUGGGUUUAAUUACAGGCCAAAGAACGGUUUUAAAAUAACUUGUUAAUUUUGCACGGUGUUUUUCUUUUUGUACAGUUGUGUGAUUGUACGCACAUUUGUCUCAUAGUACUAACGAAUGUCUUGACUCUCAAGUCAAGUAUUUAUUGCGUUUGAUUAAAGAAAUAUGUAUUUAUUUCAAAUGUUUCUAUACCUAGUUAAACGUUCAUAUUAGUUUUGUGACUUGAUGGUCACAAAACUAAUAUUGGUAAUAUUGGUUGGUCGCAAGCAGGACGCACACUUGAACGUUGCUACAAAGCAGAUUUGACGCCGUAGUUUACCUACCCUUGUCUUAACGCGGUCCAGCGCCUUCUUUAAAAAAAAAAGGUUGAGAAAACUUUAUUUUCUUACUUCUCUUAUAAAAUGACAAUAUUUUUGUUACUUUUCCAUUAUGAAAAUAUCGUGUUUUACUUUUUGUUUUUAUUUAUUUUAUCGCACUCGUACUUUCUAUAUUUGUAAAAGCCACUUACACCAAAAGUACCUAAUGAAAAAAUUGUUUACAUUAUAAGAAAAGUUAAAAAAAAAUGGAUUGUUACUCUGAUCGUAUUUUGCAGACAAAUGUGCGAUUACAUACACAGUUUUUGAAUGAAUAAUUUACCAACAAUCAUGUGUACAUAUGAACGCUCCACCAGCUAUAAAGCUGCCAUUUUGUAAAUGAUUGAUAGAAGCAGGCUUCGUGGAAGUCCGUCAUACAAAGAAAAUACUAAGCUUAAUCAUUAUAUUAAUAAAAAUAAAUUUGAAAAGUUGAA